GACACCCCGGAAGCUGCUCAAGCAAUUGUCCGGAGGGAGGGGGACGUGCGGCGCGCUCAGUACCGCCCCUGGCCGCGCGAUCACGCGGGGCGGAAACAGGAAGCAAAAGACGGCCCGGACGCCCAAACAGGAAUCUUCAAAAACCCACCCCCGCGCCUCGGUGACAGGCGCCAUGAAUCUGCCGAAGCCGGGGACCUACUACUUCCCCUGGGAGCUCAGCCAGGCUCCCGACGGGGUCGCCCUGCGGACGUUUGGCAGGUUGAGCCUCUACGACGUGACCGAGUCCCGAGCGACGCUGACAGCUCAGCAGGGCUCGGAGCAGCACCAGGUCCUGGUGUGCACCAAGCUGGUGGAGCCGUUCCAGGCCCAGGCGGGCUCCCUCUACCUGGUCCUCGGGGAGCUGGAGCAGCAGGAGGGCCGCCCCGUGGUGCGGGCCCGCGUGCUGACGUGCGUGGAGGGGCUGCGCCCCGCGCUGCUGGAGCGGGCCGUCGGGGAGCAGAGGCUGUACCUGCGGAGCCGGGGCGGCCGCCCCUAGGACCGCGGCCCCGCGACCUCGCCGCCCGCCUCCAGGGCCGCGGCCGGAGCCGCAGCCACAGCCGCAGCCACUGCCGCCCAGAGGAGGGGGCGUCCCCGGAGCCCGCGCCGCC